CAAAUACACACUCUCCCACCACACACACCCACACCCACACCCACACCCACACACACACACACACGGACAUGGAGACUGUGAACGGAGGCAAGAUCAUUCUCGGUCUGGAAAUCAAUCUGAUUCUAUUCUAUGCGGGUGCUGCGAGCGACUGUAAAGUCUCUGUGUCUCAACCGGGUCACCUCACAGUGGACUACACUCAAAAGGCCGUUACCUUGAAGUGUUCCUUCUCCACAGCGGGGUGCCCUGCAGAGCCCCCAAUGAGCCUGUGGUUUCGCUAUGGUGCUUACCAGCCUGAGAGCCUCUGCUUGGACGGAUGCAGAAGUGAGGCGGACAAAUUCGUAGUGAGGGAAGCCCUGGCAGAAAAGCAAGUUUCUCUCACUGUAAACAGACUGGCUUUCAAUGACAGUGCAAUCUACAUCUGCGGAAUAGCCUUUCCCAGUUCAAGGGACUCGAGAGCGAAGCGAACCGGAGAAGGGACCACGUUGGUGGUUAGAGAAAUUAAGGUUCUCAGUAAGGAAAUGCAGAGUGUCCUGAUAGCUCUCUUAUCACUGCUCUCUAUCUACGUCACUGGUGUCCUCGUGAUCUUCAUAGUUCUCUCCAAGUCGAAAUCUAACACUCUAAGAAACAAAGAAACAGAGGACUCACAAAAGAAGAAGAGCGCUCGGCGUAUUUUUCGGGAAAUUGCUCAAGAACUAUAUAGUAAGAGACACGUGGAGACAAGCCAAGAACCUGAGAAAGACAACACUUAUGAAAACAGAAGAGUACUCUCCAACUAUGAAAGACCAUAGAAAUAUUUUAAUUUUCAUUUAAGUCACUGAAAAUCCAACUCUACAAGUUAUGCAGUAUUAAUGGACAUACACCCAACAGGGUUUUAAAGAAACAACCAAAGGUCAAUGGAAAAGACAAUUGGCUACAAGGAAGGAAGCCAGAGUAUAAGGAAACUGCAGCUCACAGUAAUUCCCAAAAUACUAAAACCCACCGAAAUGUAACUGAAAAAUGCUGCCCUAAUUUGCUAGGAGAAUUCUAAGCAGUCUAACAUUUUCACAAACUUCCAUUUUUACAACAUAUAUCCUCUAUUUAUUUCACUCAACCUACGAGGUGCGUGAUGACUGCUACCCUGAAGGUCUGGAGCCACACCACGUGCCCUGAGCAGAAGAACCGCACCCGGGGGUGGGCGUGAUGGGCCAGUCAGACUAAGCUGGGAGGGAAGGGGAAAGAGGCGAGGAGGAAAGAAAGUGCCCACAUUUGAGUCAGCGAAAAUCAUCUUGAAAACUACCUUGGAGCAAACGAUUCCUCUGGUAUUGCCAUGGGGCAAUGGUAUAGUGCACAUUUUCCUGCCAGGGUAUACAAAAUCACUUACAUCAUGCCGCCAACGAAAAGCAAGACUGGAAGAGAAGAGAGUAAGAAAGCGAUAGCUACAAUAUAGAAAAUCCAAAGCAGAAGGUUAAACAAAGAAAACCUCAGAACAAAUAAGCCACAACCGACUCUAGAUGUCAGUGUUGUGCCAAAUAGCACCAGGGUAGGAGUGGGCAAGGCACCGUCCUUGAAGGCGCCUCUGCAAUACUGAUUUUUAACCAGUUUAGGAGGGAAACAUCAGAUACCAGGCUGAGCACAGCAAAGAUGUUUAUGGAAUUCAUUACCAUCUUACUAAGAAAACAUGUUAUGGAUUGUUCUUUGAAAGCUACUUUGGCGUAAAAGAAUCUAUUUAAACUACCCACAAGUAUGUGUUCGUUAUUAAACAUGAAUUACAACUUAUUAUGUUUAUUUCAUUAAAGUGUUUCUUUUAAACUGA